AUGGACUUUGAUCCUGAUGAGUUUCCAUGCCAUGCCAGUCCAGAUAACGAAGUUGUAGAGCUCAAUUACUUUGCUCAAGAACUUGACUUCAUGCCCUUUCCAGACUUCUUGGACGAUCCCCAACUUCGUGACAUGAGAGCCGAAGCACUCACUAUAAUCGUUCAGUGUACGAUGGAUCGAAAUUACGAUGUAUAUGCUCCCUAUCUGGCCAUGAAUUACUAUGAUCGCUACAUUUCAAGGAACCCAAUGCCUUCGGGUAGAAGAAAUAAUUUCUACACUGCUAUAUGUUGUCUCGUCAUUGCUUUCAAGAUGAGGGACGACGACUUUUGUGUGACAGAUUUUAAGGAAGCUGAAGGACUAGAGCGCAUUGUUAGUCGUGCAACUCUGGAGAAAGUGGAGCGUGAGAUUCUCAAUGGAAUUAAUUGGCGACUGUGUUGUAUAACACCUUUCUCCUUUCUGCAAUAUUAUUACCCUAGAUAUAAAGAACUUGGAGGAUUCAAAUUGAGCUCCGUUACUAACAUCAUUUUCCAAGCUCAAACAGAUAACAACUUAGUUCGAUUUAGGCAUUCUGAGAUCGCAGCGUCAAGUUUAAUGGCCGCUACAGCAAUGGUGUACACCAAGGAAUUUCUCAAAGACUUUGUGAACGAUGUGGGCUGGUCACCCUGUGUCUGUGUGUGCGAGCUGAUACAAAUGAUUAGUGCCAAGAACAUUAUUGUUGAACGUGCUGAACCAAGGAGACUCAACAACGAUGAGGCAUCAACUUCACGCAAUAAUGGUAAUGAUGAUUCUCCAGAAGCAGCACCAGAUGAUGAACAAGCAAUUAUCCCUAAGAGACAUGGAAAGGAGGUUGCAUCAUCCAGUUCACAGAAUGAUCAUCAUCAUGAUUCUCUAACAUUCGAAGAUAAUGAUCGAGCAACUCUAAUAAGGAGUAGACCUGGACAAGAAGUUGCAUCAUCCAGUUCACAGAAUGAUCAUCAUCAUGAUUCUCUAAAAUUAGAAGAUGAUAAUCUAUCAACUCCAAGGAGAACUGCAAAGGAGGUUGCAUCAUCUAGUUCACAGAAUGAUCAUCAUGAUCCUCUGACAUUAGAAGAGGAUAAUCAAGCAAAUCUAAGGAGACCUGGAAAGGAGGUUGCAUCAUCCAGUUCACAGAAUGACCAUUAUACUUUAGGAGAUGAUAAUCAAGCAACUCCAAGGAGACCUGAAAAAGAGGUUGCAUCAUCCAGUUCACAGAAUGAUCAACAUGAUUCUCUGACAUUAGAAGAUGGUGAUCAAGCAACUCCAAGGAGACCUGGAAAGGAGGUUGCAUCAUCCAGUACACAGAAUGAUCAUCAUCAUGAUUCUCUAACAUUAGAAGAUGAUGAUCAAGCAACCUCAAGGAGACCUGGAAAGGAUGUUAUGGCAUUUGCUUCAGAGAUUGAUAACGACCCUUUAGCAGUAACAGAUGAACCAGAAUUUAUAAGGAGGGCUGGAAAGGAGGUGGUAACUGUCUCACAGUCUGAUUCUUCAGUAGCAGGAGAUGAUGAAAUAAUAGAAGACACAAUAAGCCUUCUAAAGGAGUUGGGAUUUACUUCAAUUACAACUGAUCCUUUCUUAACGUUCAGAGAUCAACCGGAAUUCCAAUGGAUACUUGAUUCUUCAGUAGAAAAUGAUGAACCUUUAGUGACAGAUCAACUAGAAAACCCCUGGGAAUCAUCUGGAAGUAUGAUGGCACUUCCUUCCCAGGGUGAUCCUUCAGAAAUCCCAUCGACAUCUGGAAGUAUGGUGGUAUUUACUUCCCAGGGUAAUUCUUCCGAAGUAACAGAAGAUCAAGAAAUCCCAUCAACAUCUGGAAGUCUGGUGGUAUUACUUCCCAGGGUAAUUCUUCAGUAGAAAAUGAUGAACCUUUAGUGACUGAUGAACUAGAAAAUCCAUGGGAAUCACCUGGAAGUAUGGUGGCACUUCCUUCACUGGGUGAUCCUUCAGAAGUAACAGAAGAACAAGAAAUCCCAAGGAGACCAGGAAAAGAGGU